AUGGAGAAAUCCAAGAAUUUCCGCAUCGAUGCCCUGCUGGCAGUGGACCCCCCGAAACUGGCAGAGCCUCCCAGGAGCCAGACCUCGCCCUUGGCCCUGGUCACCUCCCUGGCCAGCCCCAGCCCCUCCAGCGCCUCCAGCGCCAGCCCUCCGGCCUCCUCCGCCGAGUGCCUCCGGACAGAGAGCCCUUCGCCCCCCAGGAGCCACUGCCCCUUGGUGCCCAAGCCCUCCUUCCUGGCAUCAGGGGCUGGGGGCUCUGGAGGGCACCCCCACCCGCACCCGCACCCCCACUCGCACCCCCACUCGGCCCUGGGCCUGCACCCGGCCGCCACCCACCCCCCGAUCUACGGGCACCCCAUGUACGGCUACCCGGCGGCGGCGGCGGCCCUGGCCUCGCAGCACCCGGCGCUGGCCUACUCCUACUCCCCGCAGCUGCCGCCCUCGCACCCGGCGGGCCCCGCCGAGCCCCUCAAGCUCAGCGCCGCCGGCACCUUCCAGCUGGACCAGUGGCUCCGGGCCUCCACCGCCGGCAUGAUCCUCCCCAAGAUGCCCGACUUCAGCUCCCAAGCCCAGUCCAACCUCUUGGGCAAAUGCCGGAGGCCUCGCACUGCCUUCACCAGCCAGCAGCUCUUGGAAUUGGAGCAUCAGUUCAAGCUGAACAAAUACCUCUCUCGGCCAAAGCGCUUCGAGGUGGCCACCUCCCUCAUGCUCACUGAGACACAGGUGAAGAUCUGGUUCCAGAACCGGCGCAUGAAGUGGAAACGGAGCAAGAAGGCCAAGGAGCAGGCAGCGCAGGAAGCUGAAAAGCAGAAGGGAGGAAGUGCUGGGGAGAAUAAAGGAGGAGACGAGGUGCAACAGUCAACUGUGACCCCUGAGAAAAGCAAUGGGGGAAGGUGUUUGCAGGAGCUCAGGGACAGUGAUCCAGAUGAAGAUGAGGAGGAGGAGGAAGAUGAGGAGGAGGAAGAGGAAGAUCAGCCUGGACACUGCUGCCCCUAUGGCUCUCCUGACUGUUCAGAUGGGGAGGACUCAGCAAGGCAGCCCCACGGCAGGCACGGAGGUGUCCACCCACCCCUGCCCUCUGCCCCGGCUCCCUGA